GUUGAGGUCGCUUCCCAUGUCGAGUACUACGAUGGUCCCGUCGCCGGUGCCGUAGAGGAAAAAGUGGUUUGAGCUCAACACAAAGCGUGACAUAGUGUUAAUGGUCUUCUUGUUAGUAGACUCUCUAAGAUUUUCACUCGUGGAUGGAGCAGGCGGAGUUGUAUAUAUACAUACUGAAGGAAUUUUGAAAAGUGUGGUCAACAACUUGCUAGGGAAGUUCUCUGUUUCCUGGCCGGUAAUGGUGGCAGCGUCUUUUCCGACUGCUGCACGGCUGCUCCAAGAUGAUGCUUUAAAGGUG